AUGACCUUCACAAGGGCUUCCAUCCUCCUUGUUGGUCCGGGAGCGUCCUCCCCGCCGGGCUGGUCCUGCCGCUCUGGCCGCCGUUCACCCGAUUCCAGGCGAGUUUCCCGGGUUUCGGCACCACUUGUUGCCUUUAGAGGCGUGACGACCUGGUUCAGGAACGGCACGGCGACCCUCCCCAGGUCGCUCGGGCCAUCAGCUCACAGACACCAAUGUGGUGGACGGCAAAUGGCGUUUAUUGGUGAACGACACGGCAUUAUACAGCUUGGGUUUGCAGCGUCUCCUGAAAGUGAAGACAUCAUUGCUUCUGCUCAGUGCAUCUUGGACAGAGAAACUUCUUUUGUGGGGGAGGUAGACAGAUAUUUGAAGCACAAUGAUUUAUUAAAUCGGAGAAAGAAGGAGAUCCUGCACAAGAAAUGGCUCAAGAAUGUUUCAGAGCCACUGCUGUGGAAAAUCAAGGACAAAAUGGACAGCCAGUCAAGCGAAGAAAUACGGAAAAGGAAAGAAGAACAACUCUCUCUCUAUUUAAACUACUGUAACAAGAAGGGCUAUGUGGCUUUGGAUGUUUAUGACCCGUCAGAGUACGAUCCACUCUUCCUAAGGACACGUACAGACUGCUGGAAGGUUUCAGUACCAGCUUCACAGGAUCCUCUGUUGGAAGGCAUUCAAAGAAAGUUUAUUAAGACAGGCAUUAUCAAGCAGUGUGAGACAGGAAGACCGUGGUCUAUCAGAGAGCUGAAUGAACUCAGUAAAGCAGAACUGCCACUGCUUCCUUUGAGCCGGCAAUGUAUGGAUGCAGUCAAGUGGCUGAAGAUACCACACGCCUACAUUGCUAGUGAGGCCCACCAAACGAAGAGGUAA